UUAUGUUUCCCACGUCUAGUUUAAUUUGGGUUGACAGCUUUUAACUAUAAAAUAGAAAUAUAAUAUGGAAUUAUGGACUCAGAACAUGUAUGUCAAGAUGCAUCAGGAAGAUAGUUAUGCACACUCAACAUAACAGUAUCGCUCAAUCUCGCCAACAUUAUGUCCCAUUCAGCACAUUAAAGCGCACUGUCUAAACAAUUAAACAAAAACCUCAACAAUAAAUAUUAAAAAGGAGCGGAAUCCUCGACGCGAAUAACAAACAUAAUUGUUUUUUUGUGCCUCAUUCAAUAGAGCUUUGUCCGGUAAUACAAAAACUGGUUCUCAAAAAAGUCACCUUUAUAAAUUAAGUUUCAGCAUUUGUGAACACCAAUCACAGCUCAGAGGCGGGGUUGCGCUAACCCCUCAUUGGCGCUCCCGACGCUCUCAUCUGUCUACAUUUUAUAUAACCGGAUGAUACAACAUAUACAGUUAACACUAUAGAGGAAGCGGGACGGCACUAUGUUGGAGACAGUGUGUCGCUUCGCACUCGCGCCGUCUCGCUCGCGCCAUACUGUCAGUUUGUUCGCCGAAAAUGAAGCAACAGUGUUGGCAACACUCGCGACGAGAGCGCGCCUUAACAGUUGCGCGUUCCACGUUUGAAAAAUCGAGUGCAUUUCGAAUUCGGAACUUUUUAAAUUUGGUGUUCAAUCGUCAAUCGACUUUGAAUGAUUUUUUGAUAGUGUAGCGAUGUGUAUGGUAGUAUUUUGAGUGUGUUGUAUUAAAGUAUUGUGAUGGAGAUGUCGCUGCCGAACGGCGUGGACGUGUCGCAGCUGGUGCAGCACCCUGUGCUGGCCGCCUUGCCGCCCUUCUUCCUCAGAGCUUCAGAGAGAUAUCAGCGGACGCCGAAGUGCGCGCGGUGCCGCAACCACGGCGUGGUGUCGGCGCUGAAGGGCCACAAGCGCUACUGCCGCUGGCGCGACUGCGUGUGCGCCAAGUGCACGCUCAUAGCCGAGCGGCAGCGCGUCAUGGCGGCCCAGGUCGCGUUGCGCCGGCAGCAGGCACAGGAAGAGAACGAGGCGCGGGAGCUGAACCUGCUGUACACGGGACAGCCGCCUGCGCCGCACCACUACGAUAUGCCCGAUGAUUCACCUGCUCAGAAGCGUGCUCGGAUCACAGAGGUGUGCUCCAGCCCCUCGCCCCCCACGGACCAGCAGCCCGACUCCAAGUCUCCGCCGCAAACGCCGCCACUUACCACCCCUCCCCCGCGCUCACCUUCCGACCACGAGCUCAACGUUGAAGAAGAACUCGAGGACCAGUCUGAGACCUCCCUCACCCCCGAAAACCUCUCCAUGAAAGCGCCCAGAACCGAAGACCCGACGCCAGUCAAAAAGGAAGACGAUGACAAGUGGGAGAGCCCCGAUUUUAAAUACAAAAUGUUCAGACGAGAGCGGAAAGAGUCAUUACCUGAACAGUCCGAGGACUGCUCGCCCCCUUUCCAGAAAUCCCCCGUUGACGUUCUCAUCAAAGUUUUUCCAAGAAAGAGUCGACAGGAGAUCGAAGCAAUACUGUCGCGCUGCAAAGGGGAUGUCGUCGCCGCAAUGGAAAUGAUGAUAAAUGGAACUGAGCCACCUACAAACGCAUACAAUAUGACGCAAGAAUCUCCUCCUUAUAUGCAGAAUUAUCAGUCAAAAUCUGCUUUCUCGCCACUGUCGAAUCAGAGUUUUAAAUUUUCUCCUUCUCGGAGGUUCCUGACGCCGCCGUACAGUGGGACAGGUUACCUGCCGACAGUGAUCCGGCCGCCGCCGGAGUACCUGUCGGGCUUCAUGCCGCCGGCGGAGCUGAUGUACGGCAGACAGAUGCCCGUGCCCUCGCCCGGGACCUCGCCGCGCUCCGAUAACACCAACACAGAGUUCUCGGACUAGGGGUACCCGCAUUGGACAGUGCUGUGAAGUGCUGAUUGAGGACUUGUGAUUAUAUAUGAAUAUUAUACUUAGUAAAAUUAUACUUUACGACAAGA